AGGGAGGUGCUACGAGCUCGUUUUGGAAUGUAUCCUAUUUAUAAAUUUAACAAUUUAAAAAUAGCACCUCCAAUGCCUAUUAUUAAAGGAAACAUUAAAAGUCACUAUAAAGAAUUAUUGUUUUCCAUAAAUCUAUUCUAAUCACUUUUUCGGGACCAGUACAUGUCGGACUUUUUAAACAAAUCAUCGACGCUCCUCUUUCACCAUGGCAUUAUUAGGAGCACAAUUGGUGAUUACUUUGGUAAUGGUGAGCGUAAUUCAAAAAUUGAGUCCCCAUUUCUCAUUCGCUAGGUGGCUUCUUUGCUCAACUGGAUUGACGCGUUUUUUAUAUCCAACGGAUCAAGAGUUAAGAACUGUAGCAGGAAUACAGAAAGAAAAAACAAAAAAGGGUAAACACGCUGAAAACGGUAAGGCUGCGGACGUAUUUCAAAUUCCUCGAAAUUUAGAUAUCACUCUAGAAAAUGCAAAAGUUUCAACAAUGGAUGUUGUGCAUUUAAAAUUUUACACGGAUUAUGUGUGGCUCAUGGACUUUUCAAUUUACACUGGAGUCGUUUAUAGUUUAACAGAGAUUUACAACAGCUGGUAUCCAAUUAAAGAUGAAAUCAAUCUCAGCAUGCUGUGGUGUUCUCUUGUCCUGGGAUUUUCAUUUAAGGUUUUACUCACUCUUUGGGUUCAAUACUUCAAAGGGGAGGAGAGCAUUGGUGAAAGGUCUACCUGUAUCGUUACAGGAUUUGCAUAUCUUCUCGUAGCAAUGAUGGUCCUCAUAAUCGAUGAAAAUACACUUGAAAUUGGCUUGGAAAAAGCCUACACAAGUUUCAAUCACAGUGCUUCUAUAUUUUUGGAAAACCAAGGAAUGAGCUCAACAGGUCCAGCAUCGAAAAUUAUUGUUAAGUUCGUUCUUGCUGUUUGGUGUGGAUUUUUAGGCUCGCUUUUCACUUUCCCUGGAUUGAGGGUUUCGAAAAUGCACUGGGAUACGUUAAGGUAUUAUAAGGACAAGAAGAUAUUAAUGCUCUUCGCAAAUUUGAGUUACGCUUCUCCACUCUUUUUAGUAACUCUCUGGUUCAAACCAAUAAGCCGUGACUACCUUACGGCAAGAGUAUUCAGUGGAAUGACUGAUCCCCUAAUGACUACUUCAGCUUUUGAUAGCAUGAGGCUGAUAGCAAUUAUAGUCGUAGUUUUACUGAAGCUGGCUCUGAUGCCAGUGUACCUGCAAUCUUAUCUUAAUCUUGCAAAUCAAAGACUAGACGUACAGAAAAAAGAGGCCGGUAGAAUAUCAAAUAUAGAAUUACAAAAAAAGAUCGCAGCAGUAUUUUAUUAUCUUUGUGUUGUUUCGCUGCAGUACAUCGCACCUUUGAUAAUGUGUUUGUACUUCGCAAUAAUGUACAAAACAUUAGGUGGUUACACGUGGGAGGGAAUUUACAAAGAAGUCGUUUACGAAGAAUGUUCAAUUGAUGAAUCUCCUCUUGCAUCGACAAUUCUCGGUGCCGAUGGCGAGAAAACUGUCGCUCAAAGUGCUCAAGAACUUCAACUCGCUAUCAGUUCGUUGAAGCAUAUUUUUACUGUGGAAGUCUUCAGAGGCGUUUUGGGAUUUGCAACUUGGUGGAGUUGUUUCACACUUUUUGCUACCACUUCCAUGGGAAUGGUUUACCAAUCCUAUUUUUCUAACAUUUAAAUCGCUUCCAUCCAAAGCAUUAAUGUCGAUUUAAAAAUCCAAAAGACAAUUUCACAAUUUCAUAUAAAAAAGAAAAAUAGGGGAAAUCUCCCUACAGUGGAUUAUCAUUAAUUAAGAGCACAAAUAAACAACAAAUAAUUAGUUUUAAUUUUAAUAAAGAGAGUAUUUCAAGUAGUUUUUAGAGA